AUGCGCUUAGUUCUCUCCUUCGAGACUCCGCCGUCUCGCUCCGAUUUUCGCGUCGCCGGCGAACUUCUGGCCGCACCUCUAUCCAUCCCGCUGUACCCUCAGCUCUCUGCCACUGUCCCAAUCGUCAAAUUCGUUUCUUUUUCUCAUUUUCAGAUUCUGCAAUGCAAAGGGUGUCCUCAGCCUCCAGAAUUUGGAGGAGCAUAGCCUCUAAGGUCAGAAACCCAUUUACCUCCACUGACUCUUCUACGCGCUCUUUCUCUGCGGUUUCGGUCGUAUCAGGUUCGAAGAAAGUGCAUCAACCGGAGAUUCCCUGCGAUUUCCUCAAACGGGGUUCGCUUGGAUUCUGCAGAACGUCAAAGUUUGCCUCUGGGUUCAACCCUUUGCAACCGAAGCCGUUGGAUUCCAUUGUAGAUGUUCACGGAUUGAAGGAUCGGUAUCCUGAGGACAUCGCUUCAGUUUGGGAUGAUUAUCACAUAGGAAGAGGUCAUAUUGGAGCAUCUAUGAAAUCAAAACUUUAUCACUUGCUGGAGCAUAGAGCGUCAGAAUGCCGAUAUUUUGUAAUUCCUUUGUGGAGGGGCAGUGGAUAUACAACAAUGUUUGUUCAAGUCCAGGCGCCACACAUACUUUUUACAGGUCUUGAAGAUUAUAAGGCCAGGGGAACACAAGCAGCUCCAUACUUUGUUGUGACCUUUUACACAGAAUUUGCAGACAGCAAGGACUUGGUACUGAUCCGUGGGGAUGUUGUAUUUACCAGCAAGCUUACUGAUUCAGAGGCAAAAUGGCUUUUGGAAACUGCUCAGUCUUUUUAUUUAAAUGAUGUGAGGUACAAACUGGUUGAGAGGUUCAACAGAGAAACGCGUGAUUUUGAGUUCAAGGAUGUCUUGCAAGUACUGGACAUGCCUGUUCUAUAAGUUAUAACCAUUUUUUAUUGGACAACUAAGCUAAGCAAACGUGGAAGAGUUGAUUAGAGCAAGGAUGAAGUUGGAAAAUGAGAAGUUCAUUCUGUUGAUGUUUGGAAGAGUUCUUUUUAAUGUUAUAAAAGUGAUUAUGACAUCUUUAUAAGCAUAUUUUCUUUUUACCUAUUUCAAUAAGUUUUAUGUAGAAUAUAAUUUUUUAAGCUUAUUUCAGUCAACUUUAUUAUCAAGAUUAUAAACAUGCUCUUAUUUUAUAAGAGUUUAUCAAAUAGUUGCUACAGUUAUUUUU